AUGUCAGUGGAGCACGAGAGCACGACUGUAAAUGUGACUGAGAAUGACGACAAAUCACUCUUGAUCAAAGGUGGUGUUUUUCUCUCUACUGUGGGCACAGCAGGAAUGAUUGCAGGGUUUGGCUCCACCCUUGCCAUGGCUAAGAAGAAGAGUCCCGAUUGGUUCAAUAAGGGUAUCGUUGGAAGUGCUGCGGUGCCAGAAAGUGGUGCAUUAUUAGCGUUGCGAGCGCUGGGUUGGGGUUCGCUCUAUGCGUGGUGUGGUGUUGGACUCCUCAGCUUCGCCGCAUGGAAGGCCUUGGGCGUCCACAGUCUGAAGGAGUUUCACCAGAAAAUGCAAAGCAUUUUUCCUGCCGUCCCCAGAAACGAGGCUGAAGAGAAUUCUGCUCCAUUUGACUGGGAUUCAAUCUUCAAAUCAAAAUGAAUAGAAAUUAUAUUUGGACAUGAUUUUUAUCGGAUGGUCGGUCGUUGUGUAGUGAGUGCCCACCUUUCAGUGCGAUUAUUGGGGCAUUAAACUGGAUUAAAUGUCUAGUGUGAGGUCACAAGACUGGGGAUAGGGUCAUUGAAGGCCUGCAGGAGUCAAUGGGAUUGUGUUUGCCCUCAUUUGCCACAAAGGACUUCACAAAACCCGAGCCAAGUUCUCCUAUCACUCACCGAAGCUAACUGCAGGAUUAUCAUUUAUACAUACAUUAAUUUCUCAGAUAUUAGUCUGAUCUCAAAUUGGCCACAUCAAGUUCUUGACAGCAUGGUUAUGUGCAUCCCAGUAUAGAGACACAUGGAAACCUUUAAAAGGUACCCUGGUUAUCAACACGUGUAUGAUUCAAUAGAUUAACACUUGGAUUGGCAAUAUAAAUGUGAAAAUAAAAACAGUGCAAAUGCCUUUUUUUUCAUCACUAUACAUGACGUCAAAUGUUUGCAAUAAAACCCCUUCUUUUAACGCUCCAGCGAGGUAAAAGUGAUAAAUGUGUCUUCAAUCAGUCGAUUAUUAACUCGUUAACUAACACUGUCCUGUGAGCGGGACACCCUAGUUUACUUAAAUAUUUUUAAUGUUAAUCUAAUAAUAGUAAUAUUAAUGCAUUGACUGCAAUUUAUUAAUUUGUGACAAGAGUAUGCAACAAACCUCUUUUAUUUUUGAUAAUUUUAUGUGUAAAAUAAUACCAAUUCAAAAUAAUGUUUUUUUUAUAUAUAUUUUUUCCAAGAUCUCUGUUAACAAGGGCUAUGUAUCUUUCUUUUCCAAUACCUCCUGAAGCCAAGGAAGUACACUUUAAACUUUUUUAUGACAUUUACCCAGAUGCAGAUUAAAUAUUUAUCACAAUAAUUGUUCUUUCUGUGAUUAAAACGACAGUACCAUUUGUUUUUGUUGAGAUUUAUAUAGUAAUGCUUUUUGUUCUGAUAUGUAUGAGUGGCUCAAAGUUACAAGUGUUCUCAUAUCUCAGUUCUCUAAAAAUGAUAUAAUUUUUGGUACACUAAUGGAAGAUAAACAAAAUUCAGUUUCUAUUGAAUACUUUUGUUUAUAAUAGGGAAAUUGUACAUUCAUAAAUGUAAAUAUAUGAAAAUAAAGCCAAUGUUUUUCAGAAACAAUUUUGGAUUUACUGUAAAUCUUUAAGUAGAGUAAAAUUAAAAAGUGAAAGAAGGUUAUUUAACCUGUUGAAGGACUUUAAACUUUUGAAGACGCUGAGGUUUUAAUUUUCACUGAAUUGUUUUUUUUUAUGUAUUUAUUUUUUCUCUGUGUUUACUUCUUCCUUAAAACUGUGUUUGUUGUUAUUUGCCUUAUUGUAAUUAUAAUUCACUCCCCCCAAAAUAAAUAAA